GUUCCGAUUACGACGUGUGGUUCGCUUAAGCGCACGUUACAGUUACAACGCCGCGCAAUACCUGAAACAUGGAGUACUCAACAUGUCGUCUAAGCAUUCUGUGGCUGCUGGGAUUAUGUCUAUUGCUGUUCAAAACAGGAUCCACAGAGGCACAGAGCAAACGAGCUUCACGCAUCACCAGCUCUCGCAGCUUCGGCACCAACGUUAAGCCCACCAGCUCCAAUGGCCUUAGCUUCGACUGCCCCGAGGAGUUCGGCUACUACCCCCAUCCUACGGACUGCACCCAGUACUAUGUGUGCGUCUUCGGCGGCGCGCUGCUCGAGAGCUGCACCGGCGGCCUGAUGUACUCGCACGAGCUCCAGACCUGCGACUGGCCCCGUAACGUGGGGUGCGAGCUGGUGGAUACCUCCUCGGAGCGAGGACCCUCGCGUAUCCAGGGUCAGAGCCAGGCACAGCAGCAGCAACAGCAUGUACCCAGCCGAGUUCGCUUCGGGGCAGCUUUCAGCAGCCCGGCCAGUACACCGAAGGCACCCACAGUGGCGCCUCAGUACCAUCGUUCGCCCCCGCAGGUAAUUCAGGCACAGGUGCAGCACAUCCCGCCGCCGCCACCAGAGCUGCGAGUGCCGCCCAAUCCAGUAAUCACGUCGCGAGGUCAGCCAAAGGCACUGCUCGAUUCCCAGGAGGACAUAGCAAAGUUGUACGCCGAUGCUCAGGAGACACUGCCCCCCGUGGAGGAGGAGGAGUCCGAUCGACAGCAGCGAGUGUACCGCGGCCAACCCAGUACCGUUAGUCAGGUGCAGCGCGAUCGCGACGGAAUCAUCCACCAGGCCAGUAUAAAUGCCAUCCCGCAGGCGGGCAAGAUCGGAUCGUAUGCCUUCGGAACGGCCUACAGCGAAAGCUUGAACGAAGACCAGACGCUUGAAUUCAAACUGUCCCACAACCGACUCCGCCGGGACCUCACCGGAGUCAAGGUCACGGAAAGUUUGCCCACAACUCGAACAGACACCGAGAAUCCAAAUGAUUCAAAUACGUCCAGCGAAGUAGUGGAGCCCGACACCUUCACUAUUCCUCCGAUAAGCAGCGAGGACUCAAACUGUUCCAACAACUCACAAGAACGCGACGACGAGGCGGCGUCCACCGUCACCAAGCCACAGAAAUACUCCUCGAAGAUCAGUCAGCCGAAGGGAGAACUCACCAUGGAGUUCGAUUACGAACAGGAAGCGGAUGCGGAUGAUGAGGCAGCCGAAGACGGGGAUGAUGCGGCCACGGGCGAGUCCAAGAGGCGUCCCCGGCAGCUGAGGCCCAUCUCACAUACGUCCUCAAAGUGGCCGGGACAAAGCUACCGCGCCAUUGACGCACCUCCUCCGCCGCAGGCGUACUCGCAGCAGCAGACGGGCUACACCUUCGGCAGCUACAAUCCCUACCUCACACCACCCAACCACGCCCACAGUCCACUGGCGUUCGGCAACACUCACAAAUAUAACCAGUUAAGUCCCAGCUAUCAAGCUUACAUGCAUCAGCAGCAGCAGGUGGCCCCGGCGGGUUCUCAUCCCCAGAACAAGCCCAAGGUCGUCUACACAGGCUACAAUCUGUCGCUGCCUCCGCCUCCGCUGGAGGAUGACUUUCGGCCCAUUGCAGGCAACUACUACGGAGCAUCAGGACCGGGACAGAGCAGUCCGCGGCCCCUCAACCCCAACCAGCAGCAGCACUCGAAUCCUGGCGACUUAUUGCCCUACCUCAUACAGCAGCUGAAGGACCUCAAGGAGCGGCGCAAGCACCUACAGGCUGAAAAUUUUGCCUACUUUCAUCUGGACAAUCAGCCAGUGAGCCAGACAUCUCCUUCCGUCGGCACUUCGCUGCCCGCUCCCAGCACUACAGCGCGAACCCCCUUCAAUCCCUAUUCGCCCGUUGAUCCUUCGAAGCCUCCCCAGCUGGUGACCACGAACGGUCAGUACAGCACCAUGGGCGGAUUCUACAAUAACCAUCAAUCGGACCAGAGUUCCUAUACGUCUUAUCCCGGUAAGCUGGUCUCCCAGUACAGCAUAGGCUCGGCUGACGGCCAGCGAGGCAGCACGACGGAGAGCAACUACUUCCAGUACAACAUUUUAGCCAACCAGAAGAUGAAGGGUGUCUUCAGCACCGCCCAGCCCACCCACAACCAGAUCGGACACGCCGCCGUGAAGGUACGGCCCCCGGUGACUCCCCUUCAGGUGACGCAGAACAUCAAUGUGGUAUCGGCUCCGAACCUGGCGUACAACAGCCCCAACAGCCUACAGCAGGUUCCAUUUCGCGACUUCUCCCACCUGCCAGUGGGCAUCAGUUACGCCAGCAACAGUAGCUUACCGGAAUCGUACCAAACUUUUACAAAGUCGAUCACCUCCACACAGGCCCCGGCGACAAACACAACCACGUCCAAGUCCCAGCUGACCAAUUUCCAGUUUAACAUCCAUGAGUUCAUGGCCAACCUGAAGUCCAGUGAUUUGGCUAGUGUCAACCCGGCAAUAAACCCGUUGAUAAAGUACUUCAAACAGGUCAGCAGUGACGGGAACGGCAUUCGCAACGCGCUGGUGCUCCGUCGACCCGUAACGGCCACCACGAGUUCAACCGACAGCCCAAGUACGACCACCCAGAUGAUUCCGACCACAUCGAGCCCAUUGGUGCAAAAGACCCGACUAAGAAUGAAACCAACAGUGCCCACGCCUUCCACUCCGACCACGAAAAGAACUCUCAAGGGCUAUGAGAGCUUUAUUAGGGGAAUACAGAACCAACUGAACAAGCAAGCCUCCUCCAGUCAAAGUCCCACCGCCAGUUCGUCGAGCAUCACUUCUAAAGUAACGACCACGCCGCCGUCGACGACGACGACCGUUGAAAACAUCGACUAUUACGACGAGGAUUACGAAGAAGACGCGGAUAUUCUGCCGCCAUCGCAAAUGCCGCCUUACAUGCCCAUGUCGGAGACUAUGGCUCCUCCCCGCCCACAAAUGGCCACAGUUGCUUCCAUCACGGAGUCCCCGGGAAAAGCACAACCCAACUUUCAGACCGGCUUCCUGGAAGCUACAACGACGCGACGCCCGUUCCCUAACUUCUCAAACCUGAACCAGCCAAGUGCCGAGUCCGGCGUACCGUCAUUCAUCAACUUUCCCAGCGACAUAUUCCAAGAGCUGAAGCAGCGACUGCCCCAGCUGCCAGAGGCCAACACACUCCCGCCCGGCCCUCGAGUUACAGCACCACGACUAAGCAUGCGUCCGACAUCCAAUCCCAAAUCAAUCACCUCCAACACGACGCCGGCGUCCACGACGCAAGUGCGCUAUACAACUCGUCCGCGAACGAGAGGACAGCAAAAGUGGAUGACGAUGGCCCCAGCCAGCCAGGACCCAAGAAACGACACCAACAAUACCCCCGCCGUGGCCAGCAAGCACAGUAACCUGGGCGGCCUCCAGCUGAAUUCCAUUCAUGUGGGUUCUGGCGCGGACAGACACAGAGUUGAGUCAUCCUCACCGUCAUCGCUAGGGGUGCCGCCACCCGCUAAUAUUUUUGUACAGCCGACACCACAAGCUCCAUUGCCACAGAUAGAACCCAAUCGUAACUAUUACAAUGCAUCCAUAUUUAAUCAUGGGGGCGGCUACCAACAACAACAACAACAAAAAUCGCAGCAGCAACAGCAGCAGCCACAACAACAACAGCUACAGCCAACACCAUUCCAACAAGUGCAAUCGCAAUCGCAAUCGCAACCGCAACAACAGCAACAUCAGCAGCAGGCACAAGCCCCCCAACAACAUCCCUAUGAUUCAUCAUAUUAUUCUGUUUACGACGAUGAUAUUGAUUUAUAUAGGGACCUCGAGUACCAGCAGCAGCACCAACAGCAGCAGCCGCAGGAACAGGAGCAGCGACAGCCACCCAGCACCCAGCAUUACCAGCCUGCAGUGCGCCAGCAACAGCAGUCCACCUACCGUCCCCUAGAGCACUCGGCCACGCCGACUCCGACCCAGAAGUCUGCCUACGGCAACCAACCCACCUUGAGCUACAGCACCGACUACGACGAUGAUAUAAAUGCCCAGAUCGAGCAGGACAACUUGUACGAUCAGCCAACACGCUCGCCGCAGAGGCCGGAGCAGGUGGCUAUUCAGAGACUGGAUGUCAGGGCGACACCCUCAACGACUCCUGCCUCACGCCCUGAUGGCCGCACCUACUACGACACGCUUACCACGCUAUCCGAUGCCCCGGGCGACUACAGCUACUCCAGUUCUGCGGAGUAUGCGUACGGCUCCUCGUCAGAGGACUACGAUCAAAGCGAUCGCACUGUGACCCGAGUCCAAUCCUACGCCAAGACGGAUGACUAUGAUCUGAUCGCCAAUGUUGUGGGUCCCACCAGUAAGAGCUCCACACCGGCUCCGGCGCCUAUACGAACCACACAAAACACGAAACCAUCGACGACGGCGAUUAACAAAAAUCCGACCAAGAGUUCCAUCGGCACCACACAAAAUUUUAAGGGCACUAAGUCCACAACAAGAACAACUCCAACUCCAACUACAAUAGCAACCACACCACAGCCCACGACAACAACAACAACAAAAGUAGCAAGAAACAACAAUAGGAACAGGGGCAGUGCUAUUUACGCAAACCAGAACCGGGACGUAAUCGCCACACCGAACCGCGGAACUCAUCCACCACGAACCCGGCCUACACUGAAGCCGUCGGGUACAAUUGUGUCGAAGGCCCAGGAGUUUGUUGACAUAUACCGAUAUCCCCCAAGUCGACCAGACCCCAUUUACCCGCAGCCAACACCCGACAAGACCGCAGCCAAGUGCCGCAAGGAUGUGUGCCUGUUGCCGGACUGUUACUGCGGAGGCAGGGACAUACCUGGCGAGCUACCGGUCGAGAGUAUCCCCCAAAUCGUUCUCUUGACCUUUGACGAUUCAGUAAAUGACUUGAACAAGCAGUUGUACACAGAUCUCUUUGAGAAGGGUCGUGUUAAUCCCAAUGGCUGUCCAAUCACAGCCACCUUUUACGUCUCCCAUGAGUGGACGGACUACAGUCAGGUGCAGAAUCUGUACGCCGAUGGACACGAAAUGGCUUCCCAUACAGUUUCUCACAGCUUCGGCGAGCAGUUCUCGCAGAAAAAGUGGACCCGUGAAAUUGCUGGACAGCGGGAGAUCCUAUCCGCAUACGGCGGUGUCAAGCUGUCCGAUGUGCGGGGCAUGCGGGCACCGUUCCUUUCCGUGGGCGGCAAUAAGAUGUACAAGAUGCUGUACGACUCGAACUUCACCUACGACUCCUCCAUGCCUGUCUACGAGAACCGCCCGCCCUCCUGGCCCUACACCCUUGACUACAAAAUUUUCCACGACUGCAUGAUUCCGCCCUGUCCCACGCGCUCCUACCCAGGUGUGUGGCAAGUGCCCAUGGUCAUGUGGCAGGACUUGAACGGGGGUCGUUGUUCGAUGGGUGACGCCUGCUCAAACCCCAGCGACGCCGAUGGUGUGACCAAAAUGAUUAUGAAGAACUUUGAGCGACAUUACACCACAAACCGCGCCCCUUUCGGCCUGUUCUACCACGCUGCCUGGUUCACGCAGCCCCACCACAAGGAGGGAUUCAUUAAGUUCCUCGACGCCAUCAAUGCCAUGCAGGAUGUCUGGAUCAUCACCAACUGGCAGGCGCUGCAGUGGGUAAGGGACCCAACGCCGACGUCUCGGAUAAACUCCUUCCAGCCAUUCCAGUGCGAUUACUCGGAUCGGCCAAAGCGCUGCAACAACCCCAAGGUGUGCAAUCUGUGGCACAAGUCCGGCGUCCGCUACAUGAAAACGUGCCAACCCUGCCCCGACAUCUACCCCUGGACUGGUAAAUCCGGAAUCCGAUCCUCUCGUAUAGACAAUGAAAAUGUUGAAGAGCCUGCGGCGUAAAACUACAGUCUCGCAUAGACACUCAGUGGAUUGAGACCUUAGGCUAGAAGCAGUAGGCAAUUGGAACACUCAACCGUCCCAGAUGCCGAAGAGUAACAGCCACUAUAUUCAUUGAGGCACAAAAUACGGAAUUCACUCGUUAAAUGUUAUAAAUUCCAUGUACUUUAAUUCUUUAGGUAAUUUUUUAAAGAAAUGAAGGACAGGAACGAUCAUAGUUAA